AUAUUAGUGGCGACGGAAUGUUCAAUAAUAUUUAGUCCAAUUGUGCUGUACUCACUCGGUGACGACACAAAUACUCGCAAGACCUUCAUUCGCAUUUUACUACUGCUACUUGCCGGUCGACGGAGGUUUGAGCAAAAGAGCAUGAAAGCAUGCCUGGCGCAGACGGACACGAGUUCAAUUUUUGAGUGUGAUUUCGUGACUUUUGUACUUUUUUUUUUAAACUGGAGAACUCGCACGCAAUCCGGGCUCAGUGUAGCGGCACAAGCGCUCAAUGUUUGUUUUCACUAAAUUACUGGUGUAGCGACUUUAGCUUGGCUUCGUCGGUGUUUGCACACAUUUUCGUUGCGUUUCGUGUUUUUCGGCAUUUUGUGUUGUGAUUUAAUUUCUUUCACUUUACCUAUACGCGACUUAUUGUAUUUACUUUCUCUUGUGUAAAUUUUGAAAUUGUCUUGAAGUUCUCGUAGAAGUGUUAGGAAAUGUAAAGAAAUAUAAAAAAUAAGUACUAUAUCUACAAGUUAUCCACCCAACGUCUGAAUUGUGUGAUAAGCAGUGUGUACUUACAGAUACUUAUAAAUGUAUGUAUGUGUGAUUCUACACGUCCCCACACACCACCAACAGAAAUCUUUAACAACUUUUUAGUGUAACAAUUGGCGAAUUAGUGAGCGUUUUGAUUGUUUUUGUGUUGUUAGCGCUUACAUAUACGUAUACAUGCACAUAUGUAUGAUUGUACAUACUAUGUAUAUAGCUUAAACCUCUUUAAAUCACCUGUUGAAUUAUCAAAUUGCGCAAAAGAUGUAUUCCCAUACAAUAUUGUUUUGUGGCACUUUUCUCGCUGCAAUUUCCACAUUCGCUACAACAACAACAGUCAACACAGCAGUGCAACAAGUUACACCAUACAAAUUGGGCGCGGAGAGCAAGCACGACUUGAGGGCAGCCGCCCCCAGCUGGCAUGCUAAAUUCACUCCCCAACAACUGCAAUUGCAUAUGGGUACGAGUGGCGAGGUGUUGUUGGAACUCACAGAUCUACCAACGGAUGCCUCAUUUGAGGUUUUAAGUGAAAAUCCACAUCUUGCCAGUGUGGAACAUCUCAUACCCGCUGAUGUUAUAAGUCCCACCACACACACUUGGCGCGGCAACGUCACCAUCGAUGCGCUCUUCCUCGGCUCUACCAAAGUCUAUGUGCGUCGCGUCAAUAGCAGCGAACGCGCAGAAGACGCACUCGAUUUGACGAUUAUACGACGUACGCGUAUCAUCGAUCACAUAUUCACCGGCUCCGUGGCGCUGCUCGUCUCAUUGUUGUAUAUAAAUUUUGGCGCUGCUUUGGAUGUAACGGUGCUACGCGCUUUGUUGACACGACCAUUGGCGCCCAUUAUUGGCUUUCUCACGCAAUUCAUUAUUAUGCCACUGCUCGGCUAUGGUUUGGGUGUGCUCAUCUUUCCGGACUCACCAGAAUUACAGUUGGGUCUCUUCUUUACGGGCGUCUCGCCGAGUGGUGGCGCAUCAAACAUAUGGGCCGUCAUCUUGGGUGGUAAUAUUAAUCUUUCCGUGCUGAUGACAACGAUCAGCAAUUUUGCCGCUUUCGGCAUGAUGCCACUGUGGAUCUUUACGCUCGGUCAACUGAUUUUCGAUCGUGCAAACAUAACUGUGCCUUAUGAAAACAUCGCCACGUUCGCGGUAUCGCUGGUCGUGCCGCUCGCCAUCGGUUUGGCCAUACAACGUUGGUCGCCACGCCUGACACGCAUACUGGUGCGUCUACUCAAACCGAUUUCCACCUGCCUCAUACUGUUUAUUAUCAUUUUUGCUAUCAUCACAAAUCUCUACUUGUUUGAGUUGUUCUCCUGGCAGAUCAUUGUAGCCGGUUUAGCGUUGCCUUGGGCGGGCUACAUAUUGGCUUGGUGCGCGGCGAAGGCUUUGCGUCGAAAUUCUGUUGAUUCGUUAACCAUUGCCAUCGAGACGGGCAUCCAAAACACCGGCAUAGCGAUAUUCCUGCUGCGUUUCAGUCUGCCACAACCAGAAGCCGAUCUCACCACAGUCAUACCCGUCUCCGUGGCUAUAUUAACGCCAAUUCCACUGCUGGGCUUAUAUAUUUACAAGCGUUGUGCCGAACGUGGCAUCCGGGAGGGCGUGCCAGAGACGCAACCAACCAAUACACCUACACAUAGAUAUUAGUCGUUUAUAUUCAUCGGAUAUUUGAAGCUGUCGUUCCUAUGUAUUUACUCAUUCUCCAGUUCGUUCUUCGCCUGGCUUGAAUUACUUCAGAAAAUGUUUGUUUUACCAGUCUUUUUAUGUUAUGUUAACUUCAGCUUAAAGUGUGCAAUAUUUUUGAGAUGAUCAAAUUGAAAGGACGAGAAAUAUUUACUGCUUGUUUUGGGUUUCGUGCUGCGAAAAAUAUAAUGUUUUCGUGUUAACUGUUUUUGAAAAAUA